AUGAAGUUCUCCAGCACCGUCACCUCCGGCAUCGCCAUCGCCAUGGCUCUUCUCGCUCCUGUGAAGGCCGACUUCUACGCUAACUUCUUCGACGACACCGCCUGCUCCGUGAACGGCGGUAUCGGUGUCGACAUCCGCAACCCUGGCUGCCUGGGCGAGGCAGGCCGUGGUUCCGUCUACAUCCCCAAUGACGGUCUCGGCACUACCGGUGACAACCAGUACUGUCUCGUCAUCACUUCCGGCGAUGGGUCUUGUUCGUGCCAGAACGUCGGCUACGACUUCACGGCCACCGGGUUCUGCAAGACGCUCAACCCGAGCGACCAGAGCUACCGCUUCAUCAGUGGAGCCUGCGCACACGACAACUGCUGA